AUGGCACAAGUUGAAGAUGAAGAAAUGCGUCAAGCAGCUUUAGAAGGUCACCCAAUUUCAGUUGUCAAAAUGUCAUUGCUUGAAGGUCGCGAUAGGCGUCGAUACAAUCUACCUUCACACAAUGAAGUUGCCAUUGUGUUUGUAGGAGACGAUGGUGCUCCACCUCCAUCUAGAGAAGUUGUUAUACACCCUCGAGGUCAGACCUUGAAAAAAAUAUCAAGAGGCGAUGCAGGAUGGCAUGAUCAACUAGAGCACAAUCCAGACAGAGCAACACGUGUUAGAAAUCAUGUUACUUUGUCUCAGUACUACAAUUAUAGGCUAUCUGUAAGAGAAACCUUUAGCCCUAUAUUUUAUGGUAGGAAGCUUUUUCAACAAUAUGCUGUUGAUGCAUAUGUCAAGAUUGAAGGACAACGCCUUGCCUUCAUCAGAAAUAACCAAAGCAAACUUAGAAGUGAACAAUAUGAUACAUUACAUGAUUUUGUAAACAACUUUGCAAAUAAUCGUAACAUAAGACCAGGGCGUAUUGUUGUACUGCCAUCUUCAUAUGUUGGAAGUUUAAUAUCAGCUGAAAUUCCAGAUCAAACUGUUGAUCCUGAACUUUUUGAAAUUGUAAAAACAUGUAUGAUUCAUGGACCAUGCGGAAUUUUAAAUCCCAAUUCAUCGUGCAUGAAGGAUGGGGUUUGCACAAAAGGUUUUCCUAAUGAUUUCAAUCUUUAUACUGUUGCAACUUUCAAUGGCUAUCCACACUAUAGGCGUUUAGAUAAUGGUAGAGUAGUUGUUAUAAGAGGAAGAAGAACAAGUGCUAUUAAUCGUACAGCACAGCGUGACACUCACCUAACUGCUUGGUUUAAAUUAAAUUCUGAAAAUUUUGAAGCACGUCGCUAUUCUUAUAUUGAAAUUCCAUAUCACUUUGUGUUUGAUGGUAAAAAUUGCAAGUGGAAAGUAAGACAAAGAGGUAGUGAUAUUGUGAUAGUGCGAAUGUAUAAAGUCAAUCUAUCCAGUGAAGUAUUUUUUCUUAGAUUGUUGCUUUUGCAUGUAAAAGGUGCAUUAUCUUACGAGAAUUUGCGCACUGUGAAUGGUACUGUUUUUAAUACAUUUCGUAAAGCGUGUUAUCAGUUAGAUUUGUUGCAAGAUGACAUUGAAUGGAGAAAUACAUUAACUGAGGCUGUUGCAACUGGAUUGCCUAAACAAAUUAGGCAACUGUUUUCCAUCAUAUUAACAUUAUGGCAACCUGGUGAUCCUUUACACCUAUGGAAUACCUUUAAAGAUUAUAUGGUGGAGGAUUACAUACACCGUUCAAUUCCAGUCCUACUUGCUGAACAAGUAGCACUUUGUCAAAUUGAAUUUAUAAUUAAUCAGAGUGGUAAAACUUUAGCUGAUUAUAAUUUGCCUACUUUAGAUCAGUUUUUAGAUUCUAUCCCAGAAAAUGAUGAUGAAGAUGUACAGGUAUUUAUUGAUGAAGCAAAUCGAGUUAGACCAUUAUUAAAUGAUAAUCAGCGUAAUGUAGCUGAUGCAAUCCUUGCUGCACUUAAUGAAGAACCUAAUAAUGAAAAUAAGCAUUCAAGAUUGUUUUUUAUGGAUGGGCUUGCUGGUUGUGGUAAAACAUUUACUUACAAUUAUUUAAUCACUGAAACACGCAUCAGACAUAUUAGAACUGCAACAGCUGCAUGGACAGGAAUAGCUGCAACUCUUCUUAAAAAUGGAUGCACACUGUAUGGCUUAUUCAAACUUCCUGUGCCAAUUUUGGAAAAUAGCACAUGUAAUGAAACUCUAAAUUAUAUUCAUGGUGAUUUCCUUAGACAAGUAAGUUUGUUUUUACUUGAUAAAGCAUCUAUGAUUCCUAAACAUGCUUUAAGUGCCAUUGAUAAGUUAUUGCAAGAAAUUUGUAAUAAUAACUUUCCUUUUGGUGGUAAAGUUAUUCUUAUGGGUGGAGAUUUUAGACAAAUACUUCCAGUUGUGAAAAGAGGUCGACCAGCUGAAGUUGUAGAACCAUGUUUAAAAUGUUCUGAACAUUGGCAGUAUGUGCAAAGGUUUUCAUUAACUGAAAAUAUGAGGGUUCAGAUAGGAGAAGAGGAAUUUUCUCAAUGGCUUCUAAAGCUUGGAAGUGGAACUUUACCUGUCAAGCCUGAAGAUCCUUUGCGAGGGUGUAUUGAAAUACCUGAGCAGUGCUUUGUAAACGAUAACGAAUUUAUUGCGGAAAAGAUUUUUGGUGGCACAGAGGAAGCUGAUUAUGCUAAUUGUGCUAUUUUAACACCAACAAAUAUUGAUUUAUUGGCAAUAAAUGAAGAAGUCCUUGAUCGAUUACCUGGUGAUACUAAAAUUUACUUAAGUUCAGAUAGCAUUGAAACUGAUGAUCAUAAUGAAAUUUAUAAUUUUCCAGUCGAGUUUUUAAAUAGUUUGACUCCAUCAGGUAUGCCUGUUCAUUGCCUAAAAUUAAAAAUUGGUGCUGUUGUAAUGCUAAUUAGAAAUUUAGAUCUUAAAGGCGGACUUUGUAAUGGAACACGUUUGAUGGUACGUGCACUGCACAACAAUUAUAUUGAUAACAGGAUCUUUGUUCCUCGAGUUCAAUUAGCUCCAUCGGAUUCAAAUUUACCUUUUAUACUCAAACGUCGUCAGUUUCCAGUUAGGUUAGCAUACUUAAUGACCAUAAACAAAAGUCAAGGUCAAACUUUUGACAAAGUUGGAGUUUAUCUUAAAAAACCUUGCUUUUCACACGGUCAAUUAUAUGUUGCAUGUUCAAGAACUUUUUUUCAAAAAGGGUCCUGUAGGAAUUUUAGUCCAAAUCUAAUAUAUGAAAUGGGGUGUGAAUUGAGCUAA